AAAACAGAAUCGUUUUACAGCACUAACGCGCAUUCGAAAAAAAACGGGACGCCAACAAAAAUAGACGCAAUGCAAAAAUUAACAUUACAGCAAGUACAUGCCUUGCGCAAGGCACAGGAAGAUUUAAAUUUUAGCAAAGCCAUCUACCUGGAAUUCUACCCAAAAAUGGCCAAACAUGCCUACACAACGGAGCUCAAUAAUUUGAUACGCGGUGAUUUCAGCCGUGUUGAAGUGGAGCUAAACAUACCCAAAUUACCGCCACAGCACAAAGAGCAGGAAGAAUACACACCCAUGCUACAGCUGGACAAAUUAAUGGAAUAUUACGAUGCAACCGUUGAUGGCAUAUCCCUAUUGCAAGCGUGAUCCGAUCUACCCCGA